GAAGACGCUUUGGUUGUUAGGGAGACUCGUCCCGCCUUUUGGGGGCUUUUCUUCGGCUUUGUGAUUGGCUGCUAGUGUCAGGGAAUCUCGGCGUGGACAGCGCGAGGGAAAAGAUGGCGGCGAUGGCGGUCGGAGGUGCCAGUGGAAGUCGCGUGUCCAGCGGGAGGGACCUGAAUUGCGUCCCCGAAAUAGCUGACACACUGGGGGCUGUGGCCAAGCAGGGGUUUGAUUUCCUCUGCAUGCCUGUGUUCCACCCGCGUUUCAAGAGGGAGUUCACUCAGGAACCUGCUAAGAAUCGGCCGGGCCCCCAGACACGAUCAGACCUACUGCUGUCAGGAAGGGACUGGAAUACACUAAUUGUGGGAAAGCUUUCUCCAUGGAUUCGCCCAGACUCAAAAGUGGAAAAGAUCCGCAGGAACUCCGAGGCGGCUAUGUUACAGGAGCUGAAUUUUGGGGCAUAUUUGGGUCUUCCAGCUUUCCUGCUGCCCCUAAAUCAGGAAGAUAACACAAACUUGGCGAGAGUUUUGACCAACCACAUCCACACUGGCCACCACUCCUCCAUGUUCUGGAUGCGGGUGCCAUUGGUGGCACCGGAGGACCUGAGAGAUGAUAUAAUUGAGAAUGCGCCAACUUCACACACAGAGGAGUACAGUGGAGAGGAGAAGACAUGGAUGUGGUGGCACAACUUCCGGACCUUGUGUGAUUAUAGCAAGAGGAUUGCGGUGGCUCUCGAAAUUGGUGCUGACCUCCCAUCUAAUCAUGUCAUUGAUCGUUGGCUUGGGGAGCCCAUCAAAGCAGCCAUUCUCCCCACCAGCAUUUUCCUGACCAAUAAGAAGGGAUUUCCUGUUCUUUCUAAGAUGCACCAGAGGCUGAUCUUCCGACUCCUCAAGUUGGAGGUGCAAUUCAUCAUCACAGGCACCAACCACCACUCAGAGAAAGAGUUCUGCUCCUACCUCCAGUACUUGGAAUACUUGAGCCAGAAUCGACCUCCACCCAAUGCCUACGAACUCUUUGCCAAGGGCUAUGAAGACUACCUGCAGUCCCCACUCCAGCCACUGAUGGAUAAUCUGGAAUCUCAGACAUACGAAGUGUUUGAAAAGGACCCUAUCAAAUACUCUCAAUACCAGCAGGCCAUCUAUAAAUGUCUGUUAGACCGAGUGCCAGAGGAAGAGAAGGACACCAAUGUCCAAGUGCUGAUGGUGCUGGGAGCAGGCCGGGGGCCCCUGGUGAACGCUUCCCUGCGGGCAGCCAAGCAGGCUGACCGGCGGAUAAAGCUGUACGCUGUGGAGAAGAACCCAAAUGCUGUGGUGACGCUGGAGAACUGGCAGUUUGAAGAAUGGGGAAGCCAGGUGACAGUAGUCUCAUCGGACAUGCGGGAAUGGGUGGCUCCAGAGAAAGCGGAUAUCAUUGUCAGUGAGCUUCUGGGGUCCUUCGCUGAUAAUGAGCUGUCACCGGAGUGCCUGGAUGGAGCCCAGCACUUCCUAAAAGAUGAUGGCGUGAGCAUCCCUGGGGAGUACACCUCCUUUCUAGCUCCCAUCUCCUCCUCCAAGCUGUACAAUGAGGUCCGAGCCUGUCGGGAAAAGGACCGCGACCCUGAGGCCCAGUUUGAAAUGCCUUAUGUGGUACGGCUGCACAAUUUCCACCAGCUGUCUGCGCCCCAGCCCUGUUUUACCUUCAGCCAUCCCAACAGAGAUCCUAUGAUUGACAACAACCGCUACUGCACCUUGGAGUUUCCCGUGGAGGUGAACACAGUGCUGCAUGGCUUUGCAGGCUACUUUGAGACUGUGCUUUAUCAGGACAUCACUCUGAGUAUCCGUCCAGAGACUCACUCUCCUGGGAUGUUUUCAUGGUUUCCCAUCCUCUUCCCCAUUAAGCAGCCCAUUACCGUGCGUGAAGGCCAGACCAUCUGUGUGCGUUUCUGGCGAUGCAGCAAUUCCAAGAAGCCCUGCCUGCAGGUGUCUAGAGCCUUGGAAGCAGCUUCAGGUUCUGCUCCUGUAGCACAGAAGGUGCAGUACACCAUGGGCUCUGAUUUGCCUUGCCCAUCAGAGAGGAGCAUUUCAGUCCACUUUCCUGCCUUACGUCAAGAUGGGCAAAGGAUGAGAAUUGCAGGGCUCACGCCACCAAUCUGUGAAGACUUCAGGCCAGGGCAUGAGGAAUUCAUGUUGGAUCUGCGGCUACUCCAACAGGCACUCAGCCUCAAGUGCUCCCUGGGAUGGCCCUGAGAACAUGUGGAUUGAACAACUUUUCAGCCCUUUUCUCUGCCCAUCUCUGUUCCUAUUUUGAUGAUUUUGUGUAAGGAGGAAAUACAAAUAAAGUGAGGUUAUGGCCCUUCCUGCUCCAA